GAUUUUUUCUUCGUUGUCGUCGUUCGUGUGUGUCUGCUAACAAAUUUAUAAGUUGUGCUCCGCAUUUUUGGUUUUUAUUCUAUUUUUUUAAUAAAUUUAUUAAAAAAAAUCAUCGCAUAUCCAUAAAAAAAGUGUGUGCAUGUAAGGAUUUAUGAAUUUUAUGAAAAUUACGAGAAAUAAAUACCGAAAACAUGUUGCGAUAAUUUUGUGAUUAGAAAGAAAAGAAAAAAAUUAUAUGUUCUCUGCUGCUUCUUCUUCUAUGUUAAAACCCGUACGAGACUUCAUGCUUUUAUUUUGUUGAUGUAUUUCGUGUACGUGUUUAAAUGUGUUGGUGUGUAUGUGGAAAGAGAUGUUUCUAUACAUGUGUGUCUAUAUCAGAAAUGAAAAAAAAAUAUUUACAAAAAAAUUGGAUCCACCUUUAAAAUUUGUUCACAAUAUUUAGACCUAUAACCGACGAAUCCGUUCAAAGUGCAACCAGAAAUUUACUGGUGGAACAAACUGAAAGAAAGGAAAACGUUGACGUUUCUGUCCUGCUGUGGUGUAUGUGGUUGGUUGGUAAAGAAAACUCCAAAGAGGAGAACACCAACAGUCAACAAAAUCAGAAUUGCUCCCGUAUAUUUGUAAAAAGUUCGCAAAGCCACCGCAAAAGAAAUUUUUUUAUUAGCUGUUGGGAUUGUUGCCACCGUUGUCGUCUUGAUUUUAUCACAUGUAUUUUGUUGCCGUAUCGACGAUGUCAUGAAAAUUUUGCAAAACGAAACUGCAAGCGCAACGGCAACGAAUGACAACGUUACGGAAAAGGAAAAGCUCCAACAUCCGAUUGUAGUUGAAAAGCGUAAAGCAAAGACGCUAAAGAAUAAAAUUUUACAAAAUGUUGCCGAACAACAACAACAGCUGCAGCGGUUACAGCAGCAUCAGUCAAGUGUCACAUCAGCUGCGACCGCGUCAUCAGCAAUAGCAAUGACAGAUGAGCUGACUAAAAAUAUAACACCACCAACUACAAACACAGACAGUAGUAAUUCCUUUAAGGAUUUAGAAAGCGUAAGUCCACGCGCAAACGAUAAAGAUUCCGAUGUCACUUGUAACUCUAAUAGGAACAGUAGUAGUACUGCAGCAACAACAAAUAGUAGCAACAGUGAUUUAAUAAUUGCUGAAGCAGCAAAAAUUUUACUGAAGAAUGGAUUAAAUGGAACUAACGCUGCAGCAGCUGCUGCUGUUGCAACAGCUACCGCUACAUUAUUAACUGCGGCGGCUAAUUUUCAGUUGCCGCAGCAGCAUCAACAGCAAAAUCUAGAGUCCACCACAACAACAUUGUCGACACCGUCUCCCACGUCUACAUCAUCAUCAACAACGCCUGUAGCAAAUGCUACAACGGCUGCUGCUGCAGCACACGCUGCUCACUUAGUGGCCAUAGCAACGGCAGCGGCUGCUGUAAAUGCUUCCAAUAUCCAUCAUCAUAAACGUUUGACCAGUACUUUGGCUGCUUUGAACAGUUCAGCGGCAUCUGCAUUUAACAGCAGUUUAUCUUCUUCCAAAUCCUCACAGAAUCAACAAUUGAACAAUGGCUCAUCGGUGGGGUCUUCCAAUUCGUCAUCAAAAUCCGCUCAAGUUUCAUCAUCGUCGGCAACACCCGUAUCUACGGCCACAACAGCAUCGCAAUUCGCCAAACCAUCAUUCAAAGCAAGCAAAGGAAGUGUUAAUACAACAGCAAGUACAAUGUCAACAAUAUCCUCCAUGGACAUGGGUGUCAUUGAUUAUACUGUGAAUUCUUCAUCGUCUAAUCUCUCGAGUAACCACAACAACAAUGAAUCUGCAUCCUCAUCUGCAAUUAUAAAUCUGUCUUCUUCAGCAAAUGCCCACAGUAAUAGUCAUCAAAGAAAUUUUAAUAACAACAGUGCGCAUCAAUACAAUCGUUCAGAUAUUGGCAGGAAUCCAAUAUCUUCAUCAAUUUCAUCAACAAAUAAUAAUUUUCAUAAUGCUACAGGUAGUGGUGGUGGUGCUGUUGGAUUUGGUGGUGGACGUUUACAAUUUUUUAAAGAUGGCAAAUUCAUUUUGGAGCUUGCGCGAUCUAAGGAUGGUGAAAAGGGUGGAUGGGUCUCGGUUCCGAGAAAAAUAUUCAGGACACCAUCAGCUGCAACAUCUUCGACAGUUACACCAACAGCGACUGCUGCAACAUCUGGUGGAAUAAUACCUUCACCCUUGUUAAAUCCUUCUACAGCUUCGGUAAUAGGCAGUAGCGCCAGUGGCGUCAGUAGUGGGGGAGGUGGAUCUUAUUCAAAGAAUGAAUGUUCAAACUCGUUCAGUUUUUCGGAUGACAAUAGUUCCCUACAGUCUUCACCCUGGCAAAGAGAUCAUGGCUGGAAACAGACGGCGCCACACAAAAAUAUUUCAAAGGAAAUGGCGUUAUUUUAUCACAAGCCCGCAUACCUAAAAUUAACACCCAAGGCACUUUUGCUGGCACAGAGAAAGCGUAGGAAUCCCUACAAUCUGGUAUAUUUGAGAAUGGUGCCCAAUUGUUUGAAGAAAAGAGUGAAUGUAGCAAGGAACGAUCGCGCCGACUCCCUGAGAAUGUCGAUAAUAAAUCUCAACAGUCCACUAUUGAUGAUUUGGAGGCAAAAGUUGAGCCGCAGCAGCAGGAAAGGAUUGAUAAGCCCAAAAAAGAAUCAGAGAGUAAAGAAGAAAAGCAGGAAAAUGACAGCUGCGAUUCAAAUGACAAGAAGACAAAAGACGGCGCCAAGGAAACAUUUGGAGAUAAGGCUGAUAAUGCAACAGGAAAAAAUGCCCCAAGAAGCUGACGAAUGUAAUGACGUGGAAAUGGCCAAAGUUAUUUCCCCCAUGAAGAAAGAAGAUUCUUCUUGUCACAAGGGAAGAAUGAGCCCUUGUGAGGCAGAUAACAAAGAGGAGAAGGAUAUGGAGAAAAUGAAUACCAGUGACUGCGAGGCAGAUGUGUUGAUAGAAUCUUCCAAGAAAUUAUCGUCCUUAAAUGGUAGUGUCUCGAAUGAAGAAUCAGUCGAUAGUAAAGUUCAAGGAACUACAAAAACAAACAAUGAAACACCCAAACCAGAAUGUCAGAAACCAGGAGACGAGGAAAAAAGACUUAAACUGACAGAAAGUAAUAAAUCAAGAGCCAAGCUCAUUUCUAUCGUACAAAAGCUGAUUGAUGCUUCUGCAUCUCGUAUAGCAGAAAAUGCACCUCUUUCUCUCAAAAACUCUACACGACAUCAGAACUCACCGCCGACUACUUCUUCAACGUCGUCGUCAUCAUCAAAUACAAAUUACAGCACUGGUGGUGGAGGCGAUGGGGUUCAUAAACAUUUUCAGUGUUCCAAAGUGUCACCACCGUCAAAUACAGCAGCUUCACGUCUAGUCGAAUAUCAUCAACAACAUGUAUCCCCAAGAAAACGUAUAUUGAGAGAAUUUGAAAAGGUCUCGUUGGAAGACAACUCCACAACAGCUGCAGGAGGAAAGAGAAGUCGGGCUAAAGGCAGUAGUAGUACAAAUAGUGGGUCUUGUACUGUUCAAAAUUUUGCUUCAUCUGCCGCUAGUAAAACCCCAUCUCCCGCUGGCUAUAAUACUAAUAAUUCUAAUACAGGCACCGCUAAGACAAUAGGAACAAGCACCGUAACAACGACCUCGUCAGUAGCCCCCACUAAACUUUAUAGCUCAUAUAGUAUACAUUCCCUACUGGGGGGAAAUUCCAAUUCGUCAUCUUCGCCUUCUCCGUCUUCAUCGUCUUGCAAGAAGUCACAUGAUGUACCAGCAACAAUAACUAGCAAUUCUUUGGCAUAUUCAUUAGCAUAUCAGCAGUCUCCAGUUUCUUCAUUACCGCCUCAUCAGUCGCCAAAAUCUCCAGAUGGACAUCAAACAACAACGUGUGGUGGUAAAUCACCUUCUACAUCUUCCUCCAAAAUAAAGAGGUCUCCACCGUACAGUUCACCUAUGCGUGAAACUCAUUCUAGAAGUCCUAGUGCCAGUUCGACACAUAGUUAUGAUUAUGGCAGACGGUCGCCAAGGCUUAUGCCAGACAUCUAUAAUAAAAUGAAGUAUUCAGGACUACAUGAAGGUUCUGGCUCAUCACCGCACCAUCAGGCACAUCAACAACUUUAUCAACAUCAUGUUCCACAAAGUUUUUAUUCGCCCUAUAUGACUUCACCUCAGUAUGUUCCACCACCGUCGACUUUAGCAGCAGCAGGAAGUUCUCUUAGUUCACCCUCAACGGCCAAUGCUUCACCAAGCACCACGCCGACUACCAACAGCUCCCGUUCACCACGUCAUCAUUCUUCUGCUUUUAGAGCCACCACACCAACAUCUUCCACCACAAGUGGUGUUGGUGGAGGUGGUGGCAUUGCAAAUCAUCAUAACAUUCCAACGACUCCAAGAGGAGAUUUAUCUCCACAGCGAUCAACGACAGCUUCACCACGUGAAACUACACCUCGUACUGUACCAAAAAAGACUGCAUCAAUACGACGACAAUUUGCUUCACCAACCGCAACAACGAGUAAUAAUCAUAGUAGUUGUCCAUCUCCUUCUUCGGAAAAUCGCGCUGAUGACAACGAUCGCAGGACCCCUGUGUCACACCAUCAACAACAGCAACAUUUGCUGCAUCGUUCCUCACCUGGAAGUGCAGCAUCAAGUAUGCAGGCAUCUCCCAUGCAUCCGUAUUCAUAUAUGUAUGCUCCAGGAACAGGUAGUCCUCAUCAUUCAACAUCUGCCGUUUCUCCUACAUCAAAUAAUACUUCAAUUGCAGCAGCUGCUGCCGCAGCGGCUGCUGCUGCUUCAUACAUUCCAACAGUUGUAGGAUCUCCGUAUUAUCAUCCGUAUAUUUCAACACUAGCUGCUAUGCGCCAUCCGCAAAUGUGGAUGCAACACUAUCAAAAUGCUGCUGCAGCCGCAGCUGCGAAUCCUUCAUUACUUCAAGCAUCUCGGCAUCCUGGCAUGCUAUCGGCGGCCGCGGCAGCAGCUUCACGUCUAUCGCCACCAUAUCAUGGCUUCCAAUAUAAUGGUGUAAGCAAUGCAGCCGCAUUGGCAGCCGCUGCUGCUGCCGCUGGUUUCGGUAGCACCUCAGCGGCUACUCCUCAACACCACGCGGGUAGUGUAUUACAACCGCCACCACCAGGAUCAAUGUUUAAUCCAAUGGUUCAUGGAUUGGCGGCACCGUCACAUCCUGCCGCUUUGCAUGCAGCAGGUUUAGUCCCUGCCACAGGCAUGGCAACAGCAGCAUCGGCACCACCACCCGCUGCGACGCUAGGUCCAGCGCAACCAAUGACUGAUACAUCAACAGAUCUUUCCAAAGCAUCAAAGAACAACUACACAUCUAGCUCAUCAUCAUCGUUAGCACCUUCUUCACAACUAACAGAUGUACCCUUAAAUUUAUCCAAGCACUAAAAAUGACUAGCUGACUAAUUUUCCCCGUUGACAACAAACAGCAUAAAAAGAAUUAGGAAAGAGUAUGUAAGUGCUUAAGUUUUUACAACACAUUCAUAUUUUAUUUCAUUUCAAAGAUCCACACUCUAAUGAGUUAAGAGAAAGAGAGAUUAAGUAGUUUAUUUUACAUUUCAUAAAGGACAUACUAUUACUGUAUACAUAAUUUCAUAAAAGAAUCAUGAUGUAUUAAGCUGCAGACUAAAAAUAAUCAAACUAUCCCAACAUGGAAAGCAAAUAACUAAGAUAUAUGAUUUUUUGUAUAUGUUAAAAUUGAUUACUUGAAAGAAACAAAAUAAAUCUAUAUUUUUGAUUAUUAAAUCAUGAUAACAAUUUAUAUUAACAAAUAUAUCAAAUAACAAAGAAAAAAAAAAACAAUUAAUUUAUGUAUUAUGUAAAUGAGUUUACAAAAAAGUACAUAAUUCAAAUAAUGCUUUUUGUUUUGGAGAACACGUUAUUAUAAUAAAAAAGACUAUAUUUUUGGCGUUGAGGA